AUGGCGGAAGAUAUAUUGCAUCAGAUGCGUCUUAGAACAUCGAAUGCAGAUUUACAAAUGAACGAAGAAAUUCACAAUGAAGCAUUCAUUUUAAUUGAGGACAUGUGCUUGAUGCUUACCAACAAAGUAUUAACACAAAUAGGAAUGAUAGCACCCAAUCGCCCAUUGCACAACUCAUUUGAUCAAGAAUUGAGACGCGAAGCCCAAUACGAUUCCAAAACAUUACGAGAAAUGGUUGAUAGAACAGUUCCCCUUUUAAAUCAACAACAAAAAUAUGCCUACGAUACGCCCAUGAAAGUAGUGAACGAUGGAACUGGCAGAUUUUAUUUUUUAGAUGCUCCUUGUGGAACUGGGAAAACGUUUUUGUUAGCAUUGAUUUUGGCCACGAUUCGAUCGCAAAAUGGAAUCGCACUAGCCCUAGCUUCAUCAGGUAUUGCAGCUACGUUGUUGGAAGGCGGUUGA